AUGAUUUCCAUCACGCAGACAUCGUCAAGUUCUCAGCCUCGUACUUUUGAGCAAUCGUUAAAUGUGCAGCAACAAUCGGAACUUGUUCAUGAUUGUUACUCACGAUCUCCACAAAAAUUUCUUACAUUCGCCAACAGUUUUAAAGUUAGCGACAACGAAGAGAAAUUGCUUACGCUUCGACAAGAAAAUAGCGACAUCUCGGUGACCAAACAAAGCGAAAGAUCGAAUACUGACAAUGGAAAUCAACACAGCAACACACCUACAAAAUCGCCAUAUCUCCAAUCUUUACGCGGAGAGGAAAGUGAUCCACCUGCGAGUUUUCGUACGCCACAAGGCAGUAAAAAUCUACUCUCAUCAUCAAUGUCUGCAUCGAUUUUGGUUAGUGCAAGGUUGCGUAAGUCCGGUGGCAACUCGGCUGACAUCGUGAAGAGACUUAAGGUAUUAGGGACGCAAGUAUCGACUUCAGGGCUAUCAAGUACACCCUAUAAGUAUAGUGGUCUCACUACUGACAGUCUAUCAAGAGAUAUUCGAGAGAGUGGAUCAUUACAAGGCACAUCAAUAUCCCAAGCUGGUAAAGAAGCUACGUCAAGUGCACCAGCACCGCUUAAUGUCCCUGAAAAAUUCAUCUCAGUCAUGGCUGCAGAAGAUAUUCGCAACGCCUUUAAUCUACAACCAACCCGUAUGUCAUAUGGAUGCAGUGUGGCCUUAGAAUUAUUUAAUGGCAAUUUCAUGAUGGUGGGUAGUCCAGAGGGAAAGGUUCGUGUGCAAUCGCUCGAAAAAAUACAAAUAUCUCAUGCUGAGGGCUACAAGGACCGAGUAAUCGUUACCUUAUUGAAUCUAGAAGAUGUUUUGAGUGCUGGCUCAAUACGCUACGGCGAUUCUGUGUGGCUUCAAUUAAGUGUCGGUUCAGGUGAUGUUUCUUGGGAACAGGGAGGAGUGUUAGGCGCAAAAGUACGUCAAGCUCCUCAAUUAAAAGCUCUUGGUCUGCUUGAUGACGAAUUGAUUCGCGACGAUGCGCAAGCGCCUGCAGCUGUGGGGCUUCCCGUUCCAGUACCAGCUUACCUACCGAUGAGUCGAGAUGAUGGUGACUUGCCGGUAGAUGAUGCUCAUUCGCGAGCACGUAAUAGAAACGCUAUAAUUUUGGGCAAGUGGACGAUUCAAUCUGCUGUGUGCCAGCAUCGCAAUCAAAAGAAAAAAAAGUUUGUGUACAAUAAUGAUGAAGUGUAUUUUGAACAGGAUUGGUUCUAUAUUGGAGCCGAUUUGGAGGCAGGUAUCGCGGUUUUGCGUCAAUUACCAUCUCCUGUCAUUGGUAAAGAUACUAAACCAGGAGACUACGCUAUCGAACGUCGAGGAGUGUGGAAACUUCAUUUAUUAGACUUAAAUGGAGGAGGUGCCGGGCUAUCACUGGCUCAGCAACAGAUGGAAUGUCUUUUGCUCCGGGCAAAAGCUCAACUUAAGCAGUCGAAACGAAUGCGGGCAGGACAGACGAAAAGCUAUGGUCCUCAUUUACGAGGUGGUACUGGUUUCACGGCUCAACUCCGGGCUCAAGUAGCGACAUCAACACGUCAGAUCGAGAGCCGCUGUGCUGAUCAACAGGAGAGGCGACUUCAACACAUUCAUCGUCAUUUGAAUAAUAAAUAUCAACGUAUAAAUGUGGCCUUGGGGCUGAAAAACGCGACAGCACUUACACAAAGAUCUAGCUGUCAUUUAAACAGCUGUGCAAGUGCAUCGAGUAUUAAGCAAGAGAAUGAUCCAAGACAAGAGCAAAAGAGCAAGCUAUCAUCAAUUGACGACCAUUGGGAGAAAAGAAAUAAGCCGAUUUUGAAAAGCGCUACGGUUGGAAAUCUCAAGCGCUUAUUAGUACUAAAAUCAUCGGAUGCCGUUUCAAGCUGUGCCUUGUGCAAUUCGUCCUCCAUUAAAUACAAUUUGUGCUGUCAAUAUCGUGACGUAAUCCAGACAUUAGAGCAAGAACGUGUUGAUGAGUUGAGAGCACGACAAACUCAUAGUGAAGGAAACUUGUUUUUAGAACGUAAUCGAGCAAGUAAGUGUAAAGUCAGUCAUAACACCAGAUCUGGCGAUACAAUGACAUUGAAUGGGAUUUCAUCGAUUGAAAACACGAUUCGACAAGAAGGAAACGAAUCUCUCUGUUGUACGAAUAGUACGAAUGCAUCAACCGAUGCACUUGGUCUUUCUGGACGAAGUUUUCGACUUUUUGCCAAAGAGGACGAAGUGAUGGUCAGCUUGAUAAAAUACAAGAAGAAGGAGGCUAUCCGUGCUCUGGAUGAACAAAGUCGCGUUUCAACUACGUUGUCGCCAAUGGCUGCUCGCUUUCGCGAUCGGUUUAAGCACAUUAUGCUGAGCGAUCCCACAUACUCUGGGGCUAAACGAAAGCAUCACGAGAAAACAUUUACGGCCAAGGCUGAGACGGGAACCUUAAAGGUGCAAAUAUGUAGACAAAAUGAGCAGAAUGACAUAUUUGUGCCAACUUCAGGUCGACGAGCUGUCAAUUGUACGUCGUCAUCCGACUCGCCGCCCAAGCCUCGACCUAAUCGAAAGCAUGUACCUAUUUUCUACGAGCCGCAAUUUCGCCAAAAAAUGAGAAGAGGAAAUAGCAACAACAAGCUUUAUAGAAGCUCAACGGACGAGCACUCAACAUCGCCCAUAAGCGGCUUCGAUUUUUACUUACCUUUUUCCUCAGAGACGUCUGAGGCUACAUAUUCAAGGUUGUCAACAGACGCGAGCCUUGCUUCAAAUUUAGUGCGUUCUGGGCCCGAGAAUGUUCGUGAGCGGCUGACUGCAAUCCCUCUAUUCAUUCGCGAUGACAGCGAUGCGGCUAGUGCAUUGGAGGAGCAAGAGAAGCCGUUCAUGCCAUCUGACGUGCAGUCUACUUUGCCUCCAUCGACGUCAUCGGAAAGGCUUGUUGUGGACCACGCUGUGAAACCGUCGUCAACUCUUCGCCAGAUUCCGCCGUCGUCUACUUCAUCUCGUUCAACACUGUAUUCAUUACCGACAACAUCAAGUGGGCAAGACCGUGGCAAACCUAUUAUGGAAAGAGUAGUAUCCGAUACGAGUCCAAGUGCAGAACUGACGAAGCUUGAACCAUUUGAAUCCUCACAAUACAACGAAAUGGCGACAACAGUCUUGCGACCUGAGCUUGAUGUGCCUCUCCCGAUAUCCCCGCAUAAUAUACUGGUCGUCAAUAAAAAGCAGCAAUGUACUGCUGAAGUGAAUAACGAAGAGACCAUAUUAUCAUGUCUUACAGCUGAAUAUGACGAAAGAAAUGGGAGGAAGACAAAUGCUACCCGAGGGUCCCCGACAGGGGUUUUGCCGUCGCUAUCAUUAUCAAACUCACUGCUACACGGAGGCAUUUCUUUUUUGGACAUAUUUAAAACAAAACCUAAUUUUGAUCGAUUGGAAUCAUUGACCACAAUAGUCAGCCAGGAAAAUGCGGACACCAAACGCCUGAAAGCUACGCUGUCAUCGAGCUUGACUGCUUGUCUGGAGUCUCAAAAAACUAAUAGUUCUCGUAGCAACGACGGCAAAAGUGCUGAUGCCAUAAAUCCGACAGCGACACCCCAACAAAGAAGUCUGGCUUGCGAUUGCAACGUGAUUCAUGAGUCAAACGGAAGAAUAUUAAAUGAUUUGGGACCACCACCUAACGAUCCUCCUGCAUUUACGAUCGGAAAUUCGUGA